CUUCCAGAUGGCUCGAUGGAUCGGGUGGAAACUACAAGGGAGCCACGGGAAGUUAGAGUGCUCUUAACCAUCAGUUGAAAUCAAUCAAUCAAGCAUAACCACAUAUCUCUCCACUGAUCUCCAGCGGAAAUGUUGAGUUGCGUUCCACUAACAGAUACAAGGUACAGAAUCCCAUAUUGAUAUCGAUGGAGUGGUGCCAGCUGGUCGGCAUCUGAGAACCAGCAAAGCGAUUAGGAAGGCAGUGAGUUGCACAAGCAUACCCACCUAUGGCUUCGACGCGCAGAUCAAUCACAUAUGCACAGCACGCUGCAUACUCGAGUCAGCAACCAACGCGCCCGGGCGGGUGGCUUACCAACCUCCUGUUACUCUAAAUGCAAUGGUACACCGUGGAGCCGGAAUCCUGCUUUUUUGUUAAUGCCGCCCGCCUCAUUUGCCCCCAACGGAACAAAAAGGGGUGACGACCUCGCGAGUUGUCCCGUCUAUCCAUGCAAACCCGAGCAAAGGACUCGGUGGCAGGUGUUGCCCUGGGCAAGGCAGCGGUGUGCAAAAUUGUUUGCUUUAUCGAGAUGGCGUGACGGAGCGGAUGGUUGCAGCUGGAAUGCGAGAGAUAGCGAUAAAGCCGACAAACGUGACCAGUCGUUUGCACUUGUAUUGUGUAGCUCGUUCUGGACCUUUCACGGAUGUCUACUAUAGGCAAAAAAUGUAAGUACUUUGCCGUGGUUUACGACUCUCCUUGCCUGACGCCAGGAGGAACCCGUGCAGUUGACGCGUUUGGUAUGGGGUUAUCAGGUCUGGGAUCGCUAGUCUCCGUCCCACAAUGAUAAGUUGAAGACGCGGGAGAGAAGGUUACUAGGAUCCAAGAGACGUCAGCUUGGUACGCUGUAGGUGUGGUGGCUAAUCCCCGAGGCAAACAGUUUUCACUGUCAUGAUUGAUUCUUGUCCCCUGUCAAAUUUUUCUUGUGAUGGUGUUUUAGCAUUGCUUGUGGAGGGUUGGACACCGUCUUGUUACCUGGUUUUUAGCUGGGAAUAGAACACAAUACUACACUCGCUUUUACUUCGGUCGUUAUUGCGGACUUACCGUUUUGUGCUUUUCGUUUUUCCCUACUUUCACCAAGGGGCCUCUGACCAUACGGGCUAUGUGUUCGUACAUUCCGCUGGUCUAUAUAUGCAUAAGCAUCUGUUUAUGGCUCCUCCAACAAAAGCCUUUGCGAGGUCUGUCAUACUAGGGAUUCUGUUUCAGCCCAGUUGCUGCACGCACCCGCCCAAGGGAAAAUGACCAAAAGUUGUGUUGCCCUUGGUCCGGGCUAAGGGUCUAGAACGCGAAUACUAAAACUCUGGUAUGGGCAUAGACUACAACUUGUUCUGCAUCACCCAAUUCAGAGGAACAAUACUCAAAAUAGCGGAGUAUCUGAACGCCUAAAGCCCCGAGGUUUGCGCAACAUUUGGGAAUCGCAAGGCGUGGAUGCACAUGGAUUGGAAGGAUACAAUGGAAACACCAGAUGGGAACGGCCAGGAGCAGGGCAGUGAUAUGGUGACCGAUCAUACCAGCUCAGAUACAAAAAAAGCUACCACUGGUGUGAAGAAGCCGAAAUCGACCCUGCAGAAUCCAGCAUCGCCACGGGAAGGUCACGAAGACCGAAAGCCUGGAACUGUGAUAUGGGAGUCACAUUAUGGAGUCGGUCGAUAUGGGCUGCAGGACCCGCGAAUGACUGCUGGCAGCGGAGCGCAAGGAAGUAAAGUGAAAGAAAGGGAGAGGCAGACACUGGCCAAGGUGGAUGUUGUCCAAAACGAAGCUCCAUUCAGCAACACGAGACCGACGCCACUGGGCGGGGAACAAUCACCUACCACCACCACUCUAUCUGUACCGAAAGGAAGCAAAGCGGCAGAUGAUUCUGGAGAAUCCCAGUUGGGGCCUCCAAUAACCACGGAGACAUUUGCAGAGUUGGAAAUCUCACUGGUUAUCAGCAAUCCGAAAUUCCGGCAUGACUUUAACUUUGGCUGCGAAAUUCCUUACGUCCCAAAGCAACGGAAGCAUAAAUCAGAUGAAUUCUGGCGCGCUCUCCGGCUCCAGUUAUCAGAGUUUUGGUCGGACCGUGAGGCAUUCAUAGCGAAGCAUCCUGGCAACGCCUGGUCAUUACCAAUCUUAUUGAAAGCGAUUGGCGACAUGCUAGCCGCGUUACUCCCGCAAAGAUACAACUCGGUAAUCAGGGAGACUCUAGACGUUGAUUUACUCAUGCAACAAUUGACGAGGGGAGAAUUUAAUAUGGAGCAACUUGCAGACUGGUUCUCUAGGACUCUGAGAAAACAUUGUGCUCCUAUGCGUGAUGGUGCCGUGUUCAGGAUGGCCGAACAAUUAACGAGCGGCUUCCGUCGUGGCGAUGUCGAAAGUCUAGUGGAUGGUUUGGUGGUGCUCCUUACAACAAUCGAAUCAAUGAGACUGGAUGUUACCAAUCACCAAAUUAACCACCUGACUCUCAUCCAAAACUUUGUUACCUUCCAGCAAACGAAAAUUCUAAAGAUAAUUCCAACAGGAGAUAUCGAUAUUUAUCGGUCCUAUGCCUGGUUUGAUGCCUAUCGAAUCCCAGAUGAGAUUACGGCACUCUGUCAUGAAGGGGGGUCCUGGAAAUUCUUCCGUGCAUUUGUAGAUCUGCUUCGCCAUUCCAACAGAGAGGCACCUAUACCUGAUACGCUACAGUUGGAUAAUGGGCGAAUUGCGGAUUUACGCAUGAAGUUGCUCAGUGCUGUCAACAUGCACAUGUGCAUGCAUCUCUUAAAUGUAGUUGAUGAAACGGUAAUCCCACCGAAAAUACCUGUCAGCGACGGCCACGCCUACGCACCUUCUCAGGUGGAGUCUGACUCGAGCACAAUCGAAAGCAACCGUAGGCUCGCCCAUGUGCGUUCCACUUUACAUGCGAUUGUAGACGACUACUCGAAUCCCGACAUCGACCCAUCUCCCACGCCAACCUCAUCGCCGUUGAAUUUUGAUCCAUGGAAGGUUGCUGCUCCCGCACUGGCGCUCGAGAUACUACGAAAAGCCAAUAGGUCUCUUUCUAAUCCAUACUUCGAAACGUCCUUCGUCGAUGCAUUAUCCAACCCUUCAAACCAGGACUUCAGAGAGAGCGAACGUGCUAUAUUUGAAGAAUUGGGGGAGCUUGUUCAGUACUAUGUGGACGCAUGGCAACCACUUGACAUGGUGGCUUUAUACAAAGUGGCUCCAGUAUGUCCUAGGGGGUGUAAGAUACAUGGCAAACCCAAGGAAUUCGAGCCUGUGGAGGAAAUUGCGAGGCUCAUAGCUUAUUUGGGGAUUUUGCACUGGAAUGUUUGGGGAAAUAUCGUGUACUUGGUUAAUCCACACGAGCAUCCCAACCACUCGAGUAGGAUAGACUGGGAUACUGUUGAAUUGACCAACGGAAGUUAGUCUGUCAACAAUCAGGAUGGAUAUUCCAGCAGCAUUGACCCCCGGUUGAUGAAGUGGCAGAUACUCCUAUCAAUCAACGAGAGGGCAGGCUGACGGUCACAAUGCCUGACGGCUGCGAAGGGCCUUCCAAAUAAAACAGAUCGAUACCUGCCAAUCGCACAACCCAGGAAGUCGCCCGCGGCAAACGACACAACAGAAGUUUUGGCGUUUAGUAAGGGGAUAGAGGGUUUGGCUCUUGAAUCCCGACAGAAUUUGUCGAUCAGACUCGCUAUGCCAUUAAGCACGAUCCGCAGCGGAGGUCUCCUCAAUGGAAUGCAGUCUGACACAUUUGUGUCAGUUGUUUUGUCAAAUGCUUUGGCGUGAUGUUUUUUUUUGCCGUCGCAUAGCAACGCCAAUAUCUUCGUAUGGCUUACACGGGAGUGAUUCAUACACUGGAUUUUACGGUUAUUGAACUGAUAACCAGGAGCUGCGUGUAUUUAUGGUGUGCGGUAGUGUGGCCUUUCAUGGCUGUGUAUUCUACCGAUGGAUGAUGUCAGAUGGCCACGAAUGACUGUCUUUCCUUGGGCGCGGAGAUCCUAUAGGCCAGAUUAUUUUAGUUUUUGAAAAGCGAGAGACUGUCAGAACUCUUGAGCAUUAUAAUAGCUCUUUAAGGAGAACAAAAAGUCGAGGGGGUGUGUGGGCACAAUAUGUGAGACGAUGGAAUAAAUAUUUACUUCUUUUGUUUUAACCAGGUAACAAU